CUUUUAUGAACACUGCUAAAAGAUUUAUAAUCCUCACAUGUUUAAACACUAAGUUUUUUAUUUGUAGAAAAUAUUCUGGCUUCUUUACUUUCAAAAUUUUAUGUGCAGUAGAUUUCACUAACAGAAUGCAGGUCCUAAAUUAAGAACAAUUAUUAAGAACAUAUAUUUUGUAAACAAAUUAGCACAAUGUACAGAGACUGGGAUACACAGGGAAGAAAGCAAGCUUUUUCACCUUGUAAUUUGAGGUCAACAAGGCGAAGAAAUGAAUAUGAAAGAAGAGCAGCAGAACUCAAGAAAGAACUUACAAAGCAAAGGAUGGUGUUUAAUUCAAAAAAUCAAUGCAGACCAGCUACGGCUGGUGUCGUGUUGGACAUUCCUUCGACGGUCACUGGGCCAGAUAGAGUGAAAAUGGCAAGACAAAAAUACAGUGUUGGUUCCAAAGUGCUCACCAAGAGUAAAUCGAUUCCAAGAGUAGGUACUGCAAAUAGGCAAACAAAAGGCAAUAUUUAUCGUGGAAAAUUUCUACAUCCGAAAGCGUCAAGCACAGUUAUAGAAAGGACUUAUCUGAGGCCUAAAUCUGGAUGUAAACCCAAAGCUGGUGCUUCGACAUUGAAGUCUUGCGCCCCAAAUAAAUCCGAGGGUUAUCAACAGAACAGUUCAUUGGCUGGUGGCACCAGUCCAAAGACUUGUGAAUCGCCUCGUAGGAGGGACGCUUCUCCUAUCGAGCCAGCCCCUCCUUGUGAACCGAUCACCUAUAGGCCUAAAUCCCCAAGAAAGCCAGCAGAAGAUUAUCAACCCAUGCCCGGUACAAGUACAGGACAUUAUACUUACACAAAUUUUUCAAUAAGUUCAGAAGACUUGUACGCACCUCCAAGUCCUCCUAUACGUGUAACUUAUCCUACGAAGGCGAAGACAGCCAAAAAUCGAUAUGGAAAAACUGUUUACUGCCCGACAUAUAGUUCAACAACGGGUCAAGUUCCGCAAACCUCUGAUGACUCUAGAGAUCAUUGUAAACAAAAAAAGAGAGAUAAACGUGAAUAUCCAGAUGUUGCAUCAAUCUUAGAGAGUUGUGAUCCCUGUCAAAAUCUUCCAAUACCAGAUGAGUUGCUGCCAACUCGAGAAGAUUAUGAACAUCCUAGUGCUGCAUUAUCUAAAUUGGAGAAGUUCUUUAAAUUUAUUGAUAACGUCGAACAACAAAUCGGGGAGCACGCUGUGAAGCACAACUACUCCUACGGAUCUCUCUUAGAGUCUAACAAAGAAAAGGAUUUUUCGGAAUCAAAUGUUUCCAAUUACAGACAGGAUUACCAAAUUACACAAUCUACUGUAUCACAAGACUUAAACUGCCAAAAACCCAUCAGACAGAAGACACAAAGUAUGAAGAAAGGUAAUGUACACCCAAGAGGGAAGACACAGACGGGUGUCAAAAGAGGCAGCAGUUCAGCAAGAGGAAUGCCAGUGGCACGAGGAGGAACGAGAACUAAAGGUGGUAGACAGCCCACAGGAAGGGUUUGUUCAGAACGCAAUCAAAAGGGAAAAAGUUUCUCCUAUAAAAGUUCCUUGGAGAAAAUAAAAGAAAGAAGUAUUGAACAUGAAGAAAGAAAGUGCUUUGAUCAAAUCGGACGGCCUCCACUGGUUAAUCCCAUAAUCGAAACGGCCCAGCGAAUGAUAAAUAAGAUGAUUCCUUGCCCUGUAGUGACUGAUAUCCGUUACACUAUGCUGUACACUUGUUUGGAGUGGGCAUUGUCGCAAUGCCCUGAUCCAAAUAACAUUCCUCCUGAAACCAAAAUGAUCAACGCGAUAAUGGACUGGGAAGAAGAAGUGGAACGCCUUACAAAAGCAGGGGAAAAGCCUGAAACGAUAAUAAUAAGACCAGGAGAAAUUGAUCCUGCAAGUGUAACUGUUAUCAAUGUCCAAACACAAACUGAAGUCUGUCCUGUGCGCACACCACCUCCUGUGUUUAGACCUCCAAGCCCUAGACCUCAAUAUCAGUUGGAUUCUAGGUAUGCAGAACAUUCGAUAUUGUCACCCGAAUGCUCACCCCGAGAAAUUCCCCCAAUGGAAAUGGAUGUGUGUCCACCUAGGCCUGAAUUACACCAAUAUUCAUAUCAACCUCCUAAGGUGCGAUCCAGGCCGAAACCCGAGAUAUUCCUCCGAAGAAUGGCUCAACUAAGGGGAAGACGUGGUGCAUAUGUGCAGCAAGAUUUAGUUGAAUCUGAUUCAACAUCAUCAGAAUGCCCUGACCCAGGCAUGGAAGAUAAUGUAUUGGACGAUGACCUUGCUUGGCUUCGAAGAAUUGAAGAGAAUGACGACAUUGAAUUUGAGGUAGAAGUUGAAGAUUUUGAUGCUCUUCCUGAACCGGAAUUGCAGAAUUUCCUCAUACCGGAGACAAGGGUUAUAUCCGCUGUGCCUACGGCUGAAAACCCCCGAGUUGCACAGCUUGAUAUGCAGAGCGUGCAAGUGAUAAGAAAUCCCGAGCAGUACAUGGAACCACUUAAUGAAAGUGUUUCUGCACAAGCAUGUACAGCAGAAGUUUAGUCAGGAAUACAAGUCUUGUUUGUGUUACUGGAAGAUGGCAUAACACUCUGUUCCUAUGCUUGUGUUUGUACUGCCAUAACUUAUCCUUUUAAACACAUUUCUGUUCUAUCAAGUGUCGUUCUUUUCCUAUUGUACCAAUUAUAUCAUCAAAAUAAACAAAAACACUCCCAACUAGCAAAUAAAAUAAACAAAGCUCACAAAAAGAAA